AUGAAAUAAAUUGGUACCUUCAUAUUAGUUUUGCUUGCUAUAAACUUGGCAACUUCUUAAAUUACAAUUCCAAUUCAAAAGAGAAUCCCUCAAGAUACAAAUGAGAGCAACAGUUUCUUAGAAGAUUAAGAUCAAAUUGCUGUUGAUAAAUUGAUUAACCAUAGUCUUUAAAUGUACUCUGGUGAUAUCUAACUUGGUAACUCUAAAAAAACAUUCACAGUUGAUUUUGAUUCUGGAUCCAAUCUUUUAUGGUUAACUAGUAAGAACUGUCCUUCUUGUGUCAAAGACGGAUUCAAAAACAGUUAUGAUUGCUCUGCUUAAGAUGGAUGCACAUUGACUAAUAUCCCUGCCUAAGUCUAAUAUGGUGGUGGUGCUGCUGUCAAAGGACACAUUGCUAGAGUUCCUAUUAGUAUUGCAGGAAAAGGUCCAGUAACUGAAGCUCUUCUUUUAGUUGAGAAGUCAGUUAAUAACAAAGGCUUAUAAUCUGAUGGUUUAAUGGGUCUUGGUGUCUAUGAUGAAAAUGAUACUGAUAAAGUAGCUUUUGUCAAUAAACUAUUCAAGUAAGGUUUUAUUCCUAAGAGUCAAUUCAGUUUCUAUCUCGGUUUUGGUCAAAGUGAUUCAGAACUUGUUAUCGGUGGUGUUGAUACCAGCAAGCUCGCUAAUCCUUCUGAAAUAUACUACCAUCCUAUCAUUUUGAAUGGUUAACACAACGACAGCUAAAGAUGGAGAGUUGCUUUUAAGUCUGUUUCUUUUGGAAACUAAUCUGUCACCCUUACUUCUCAAAAUACUGGUAUUGUUGAUUCUGGUACAACUUUAGCCUAUAUCAGAAAUGACGUUUAUAAAAAAUGGAUAAGUUAUCUUAAAACUGUAGCCACCCUUAAAGCUAUCCCUGCUGGACUUAGUACCUUCUACUCAGUUAAGUGCGGUACUACUUUACCUGAUUUAACUUUUACCCUUACUGAUGUUAAUGGUGUUGAAAGAAACUAUGCUCUUCCUUCCUCCUUUUAUAUAUUAAAUUAAGAUAAUACUUGCAUUAUUGGUAUUCAAGGCAACUCAGUUAGCAGCGAUAUUUAAUUCUUGUUGGGUGAUGUUUUCAUGAGAAGAUUCGUUUCAGUUUUCGAUUACACUAACCUUUAAAUGGGUCUUUCUGUAUCUGUUGCUGAUCCUGCCACCGCUCCUACUCUAGAAUCAAAUAAAAGAAGCCACCAUUAUGCUGCUUUAUUAUUAGGUUUGGUAGCUAUUUCAGGUCUUAUUUUCAUUACUUUAAGAGCUUUAAGAAAGUGA